AAAAUUUCACUAACAAAAUGAGUAGUAGUAUGUACCUAUACAGAAAUAAAAAAGAAUUAUGUUGGGCUUACACGAAAUAACAAUGGCGAAAGCCUGAUAGCUGUAAAAAGCCCAAUCCAUAAACAUAAAACCCUAAUAUUCUCUCUUCUUGACUGAACAAACCCUAAGGAAGCACAUCGCAUCGAAGUCUGUAAGAUCGAAAAUGGUUUCCGGAUCGGGUGUUUGCGCCAAAAGGGUGGUGAUCGACGCCCGCCACCACAUGCUCGGCCGUUUAGCUUCCAUUGUCGCAAAGGAGCUUCUCAAUGGUCAGAAGGUCGUUCUCGUUAGGUGUGAAGAAAUUUGCAUCUCCGGUGGACUUGUGAGACAGAAGAUGAAAUACAUGAGAUUUCUUCGUAAGCGUAUGAACACUAAACCUUCUCACGGUCCUAUUCAUUUCCGUGCUCCUUCCAAGAUCUUUUGGCGCACUGUUCGUGGAAUGAUUCCACACAAGACAAAGCGUGGUGAGGCAGCUCUUGCUCGGUUGAAGGUUUAUGAGGGUAUUCCUCCUCCUUAUGACAAGAUUAAGAGGAUGGUUGUUCCUGAUGCACUUAAGGUUUUGAGGCUUCAAAAGGGACACAAAUACUGCUUGCUUGGACAAUUGUCAUCAGAGGUUGGAUGGAACUACUAUGACACCAUCAAGGAGUUGGAGAAGAAGAGGAAGGAAAGGUCUCAAUUGGCUUAUGAGAGAAAGAAGCAGCUCAGUAAAUUGAGGGCGAAGGCUGAGAAGAUUGUUGAUGAGAAGCUUGCUCCCCAGCUUGAAGUCCUUGCUCCUGUUAAGUACUGAGUAGUUUUUAUUAGUGUUUGAAAGUUUUGUUUUUAAGAGCAUGUUUAAUUAAACUCCAUUUCAGUUUUGUUUGCGAACUUUUUUUCCUUCAUUACAAUUUGUUUUAGUUGUUCAAUUGAUGCUGCCAACGAGAGACUGAAAUGAAUAUCGUGCAUUAAGAUGGAUAUUAUUGGGCUACCUUGUCUUUGUUAAUUUUGAUCAAGAAGCAAA